AUGGUAAACUCGAUACCUAACUCGGGAAACAUCACAGCCAUGACGGAAGAGACAAACGUUAACAUGAUAGACCUACACGACUGGCGAGAGAUGCUGAGCAUCAAAAAGUUAAGACAGGGAGACUCGUUUUCGCACCUGUGGCAAAACCACUCGCUUCUGAGAAAACCGCUGACAAACAUGUACACUCAAGACAACUACGUGAUAACGGGCAGCAUGCUGAGCCAACCCGAAGUGAUGCGUAGUUCCCUCAGCAACGACAUAAAGACGGGAUGGGACUUUGGCCUGGACAUCAGCAUGGCGCCUGACUACGGCACGUACGCAAUAGACGCAGAAACAGACCUCUAUCACAACGUAGCGAGAAAAAGAAUGAGAACUGACGCCAUGGAAAAUGUCAGCAUGAACGAGGUGGCAGACAUGACCUUCGACCACCACCAGCUACGCAAGACAAACGACACAAAAAAAUCAAAAGACCUACAGCUGGGAACAGGUUGGAAGAGAGCGACCGGAUCGUUCGUCGUGGCAAACAGGACGGCGAUCAACAAGGUGCUGUACACAAAUGAAGACGCGCCGGAGCCAGUGUUAAUACACGUACCACCGAUCAUCAGACCGAACGGCGCGAUAGGCACGCUAUAUUUCAACUUUGAAAUCACUUACGUUCUAGAAGUGGAAUGUUGGUACGACUAUCGUACAUCCACAAAAAGUACCGCUAAUGACAAAGGCGCAGGCGGAAGCAGGCACUCACGACGACUUCGACAGGAACCUCAUCAACGUUCCAAACAGACACUUUCAUGGACACAAUCCAAAAGGGAUGGCUCACGGACAUACUGUCCACGUGUACAAAGGAAAUAA